AUGGUGCACUUACUGUGCCUCAACUCUGGGGCUAAGAUCGUUGCCUUGCUUAGAUUCAACGAACAGCUGUUUCUGAAGGUCCUGCGAGAGUACAACGUAGUUAACACGAUCAUGCCUCCAUACUUCGGGGUGAGGUUAUGCAAAAUGAACCCCCGGCCUGACCUGUCUCCACUGAAGUUCAUCAUGUUCGGAGGGUCAGUGAUGGACCCUGCCACGCAAGCGGAGGUGCAGAGCAAGUACAACGUCACGGUAGCGCAGGUGUACGGCAUGACGGAAAUGCUCAUGACCAUGGGCUGCGACUAUACAAAGCCUACGCCGCUAGGUUCCGUGGGACAACCGAGGCGGAACGUCGAAGUCAAGGUGGUGGACACCCAAACGGGGCAGGCACUGGGCCCCAGGCAGGAGGGCGAGCUGUGCUUCCGCGGUCCAAUGGUGACCCGCGGCUACUACGACGACCCCGCCGCCACAGCUGCCGCCAUCGACGCGGAUGGCUGGUUCCACACCGGCGAUGUCGGCUACUACGACGACGACGGCUUCUUCUUCAUAACCGACCGCAUCAAAGACUUCAUCAAGUACAAAGGACAUCACGUGCCAUCUGCGCAGCUGGAGGCGCUGCUCUGCCGACACCCGGCCGUGCUGGAGGCGGCGGUGGUAGGGGUGCCGGACCCUCUGGCUGCAGAGCUGCCCAGGGCCUACGUCGUGCUGAAGCCAGGCGAGCCCGUCUCUGAGGACCAAGUGGCACACUUUGUCGACAGUCAAGUUUCUGAUCACAAGAAAUUACGAGGCGGAGUGGUCUUCAUCGACAGGCUGCCAAGGACUGCUGCAGGAAAAAUUUCUAAGAAGCUGCUGAUAGAAGAACUGAACAAACGAGAAACUACAGUGACAACUAAUUAA